AUGGACGAGAGCGAGUUCCGUCGCAUGCUGGAACGUUACCCAGUGGUGCGCAAGAAGACGCACUGCCGCGUGCAAUGGAAUAGCAUGUACGACGAGGAGACGACGACGCCUAGAAGCUCGGGUAUCUUCAUCCCUGCAGGAUGUGAUUGCGAUAUCAAUCCAUUGGACUCGCUAGAGGAUGCGCUGGAGAAGUUUCUGGCGCCGUAUUUCUCGUCCCAGGAGGCGGCGAAGAUCCAGCAACAGCUUGAAAAGACUCAGAGAGAUUUCGUGUCGAGUUUGUGUUUAGAAGAUGUAAACGAUUUAUGCGAGCAGUUUGUCACGACUAAGUGA